GUCAAUGUUAUAUCCGUAUCCUGGGGAGGUGGAUGCCGGGUACCUGCCGCUCCUUUAGCAACUUGAACAGCUUUCAGCUCAUUCUAACCUGCAGUAACAUACUGGAAAUCAUCCUGCCUCCGUUCUCCUCGCAGUGGACAUUUAAACUAAAUAAGGAUCUAAAAUGUCUCAGAAGAUCAAGGCCGGCUCUGUGGUGGAGAUGCAGGGAGAUGAAAUGACUCGAGUCAUCUGGGAGCUCAUUAAGGAGAAACUCAUCUUUCCCUAUCUGGAGCUAGACUUGCACAGCUAUGACCUUGGAAUGGAAAACAGAGAUGCAACAGAUGACCGGGUGACAGUCGAGGCAGCGGAGGCAGUUCGUCGUUACAACGUGGGCAUCAAAUGUGCCACCAUCACACCAGAUGAGAAGCGUGUGGAGGAGUUCAAGCUCAAGCAGAUGUGGCGCUCGCCCAAUGGGACCAUCCGAAACAUCCUGGGUGGCACAGUGUUCAGGGAGGCCAUCAUCUGUAAGAACAUCCCUCGUCUGGUGCCUGGCUGGGUCAAGCCAAUCAUCAUUGGAAGGCACGCCCACGGAGACCAGUACAAAGCCACAGAUUUUGUGGUGCCUGGGCCUGGAAGAGUUGAGAUGACAUACACACCCAAAAAUGGAGAGCCAAUGAAGUUCGUCGUCCAUGAGUUUGAGGGCACAGGUGGUGUCGCCCUGGGGAUGUACAAUACAGAUAAAUCCAUCAGGGAUUUUGCCCACAGCUCCUUCCAGAUGGCUCUGACCAAAGCCUGGCCCCUCUAUCUGAGCACUAAGAACACCAUCCUUAAGAAGUAUGACGGACGAUUUAAAGACAUUUUCCAAGAGAUCUAUGAAAGGGAAUACCGUGCUCAGUUUGAGGCCAAAGGCAUCUGGUACGAGCACCGUCUGAUAGAUGAUAUGGUGGCCCAGGCCAUGAAAUCUGAGGGUGGCUUCAUUUGGGCAUGCAAGAACUAUGAUGGGGAUGUACAGUCUGACUCUGUGGCACAAGGUUAUGGAUCUUUGGGUAUGAUGACCAGUGUGCUGAUCUGUCCUGAUGGGCGGACAGUGGAGUCAGAGGCUGCUCAUGGAACAGUUACUCGCCAUUACAGACAGCAUCAGCAGGGCAAGGAAACCUCCACCAAUCCCAUAGCCUCCAUAUUUGCAUGGACGCGGGGUCUGCUCCACCGAGCUAAGCUGGACAACAACGCAGACCUGCGAGUUUUCUCUGAGGCCCUGGAGGCAGUUUGUGUUGAGACUAUUGAGGCUGGGUUCAUGACCAAGGACUUGGCUAUUUGCAUCAAAGGACUGCCCAAUGUGACGCGUGCCGACUACUUGAACACCUUUGAGUUCCUGGAUAAACUGGCUGAGAACCUGAAGAUGAAGCUAGCCAACCAGCCCAAACUGUGAACACACCUCCCAACCUCUGCAGUUAAACACAGUCACACACACAUCCAAUACCGGUUAAUGCACACACAGACAGACAGAUACAUACAGCCACAAGAGCUGUGGGCUCAAAGUUGAGACUGAAGCAGGGAGGAGUGUGCCCAGGCGUCCUGAAGAUCGCUAGACUGAAACCACGCGGGGUCAAGCAGAGUGCCUUGUCUAGAAGAAAGGGGAAUGGAGGCCUCUGAUCCAUGUAGGCCAGCGGUCCUCUUAAUGCAUCACUAGUAACAAAAGCCAUACUCGUGACAGUUUUUAACAAGCUCUCAGAAAAACACCACAAAUAAUCCAUCAGUGUCCUUGUUUACCUGAAUUGCACUGGCUGGAGUAUUGGAGUAUACUGGAGUAUACUGGAGUAUAGUAUGUGGUUGAUGUUAUUUGUCGGUGAUUUGUGGGAACAGAAAGUGUAAGGGAGUGUGCGAUUCUCACUGCCUUAUUUGUUUUGUGUUAAAGUCAUCUGUCUGUUCAUGUUGUCCCCUACUCCUUUAAAUUUUUUAUCAGUACCUCAGUGAUUUGACAUCAUGCAGGCACUUGAAGUUCCAGUGCCAUAGUGUCAAUCUGUAUUUCACCACUGAAACCUCUCACCAUGUUAACAGAGUGACCCUGCAAAUGGUGAAACACUAAACACUCAGCACAUGGACUGAAAGUGUGUUUGAUAGUACUCAACAAGAAUUUAUUACUCUAUAAACAUAUGAUGUAAAGACUACCACACAUUGUUUUUAGAUUGUUAUUAAAAAUAUAUUUAUUUGUCCGUCAUUUGAGUGUGCGUAUGUGUAAUAACUUCAGUGUGUGAAUAAUGCAUAUCCUGCCAAAAAAAUAGUCAUUGUCAUCUUUUUCAUUUCUUGGUUUCUUAAAGAAAUUCUCAUUGUCAAGUCCAAACAUAAUACUCAUAAUAAAUGAGUUUUGGAAGAAG